CCGCCGCCGCGAGCCGGGAGCCGAGAUGGCCCCGUGGCCCGCACCUCCUCCGCCUCCACCUCUCACCGCGCCGCCGCCGCCCAGCGCCUCUGCUAAGUGGCCGCCGGCGCGCAAGUUGCUUUUUCUGUGCACCUUGUCCCUGUCCGUCACCUACCUGUGCUACAGCCUCCUGGGCGGCUCGGGCUCCCUGCAAUUCCUCCUGGCGCUGCAGGAGCCGCCGCGCGCCGCCGCCGAGCCCCCGCCGAGCCCGCCGCCACCCUCUCUGCUGCCGGCCCCCGUGCACCUCGGCACCCCCUCGCAGCCGCCCGCGCCGCCGCCGGACAACGCGAGCCGCGGGGAGCCCCCGGAGCCCUCCGAGCAGCCUGCUGCCCCCGGGGCCGACGGCUGGGUGGCGAGCGGCGGCGGGGGCGCUCGGGACACCUGGCUCCGCACCCCGCUGGCCCCUGGCGAGAUGAUCACGGCGCAGAGCGCGCUGCUGGAGAGCGAAGCGCAGGAGUCCAGCACCACAGACGAGGAGCUCGCAGGCCGGAGAGCGGCCAACGGGAGCAGCGAGAGGGGCGGCGGCCUCAGCACCCCUGACUAUGGGGAGAAGAAGCUGCCACAGGCGCUGGUCAUCAGGGUCAAGAAAGGAGGCACCCGCGCGCUGCUGGAGGCGAUCCGAGUCCACGCGGACGUGUGGGCCGUGGGUGUAGAGCCACACUUCUUCGACAGGAACUACGAAAAGGGUCUGGAGUGGUACAGAAAUGUGAUGCCUAAGACUUUGGAUGGACAGAUAACCAUGGAGAAGACGCCAAGUUACUUUGUGACCAGUGAGGCUCCCAAGCGCAUCCACUCCAUGGCCAAGGACAUCAAACUUAUCGUGGUGGUGAGAGACCCCGUGACCAGGGCCAUCUCUGACUACACCCAGACACUGUCAAAGAAACCGGAGAUCCCCACCUUCGAGGUGCUGGCCUUCAAAAACCGGACCCUGGGGCUGAUCGACGCCUCCUGGAGCGCCAUUCGAAUCGGGAUCUACGCUCCCCUAGAAAACUGGCUCCAGUAUUUCCCCCUUUCUCAGAUCCUCUUCGUCAGUGGCGAGCGGCUCAUAGUGGACCCUGCUGGGGAAAUGGCCAAAGUACAGGAUUUUUUAGGCCUCAAGCGUGUUGUGACUGAGAAACAUUUUUAUUUCAACAAGACCAAGGGGAUCCCUUGCCUAAAGAAGCCGGAAGACAGCAGUGCCCCGAGGUGCUUAGGCAAGAGCAAAGGUCGGACUCAUCCCCGCAUCGACCCAGAUGUGAUCCACAGACUGCGGAAAUUCUACAAACCCUUCAACAUGAUGUUUUACCAAAUGACUGGCCAAGAUUUCCAGUGGGAACAGGAAGAGGGUGACAAAUGAGGCUAGAGAUGUGGAGGGAAGGCAAGUGAAUAGUUAAGGAGG